AUGGUGAAUGCCUGGUUUGCUGAGCGUGCUCAUACCAUCCAGCCACCUGUCCCUAAAGAAAACUAUUCCCAGCAGCGAACCCACCAGUCCUCCUUAGAUCUUUGCUCUUCUUCUAACUUCACCACCCUCUUGGACAACUGCUGCCCCUCCCCUGCCACCGUACCUAGCCCAGCUCCUGGUACCCCAACUCGCAAAAUCUCAGCUUCAGAAUUUGACCGCCCACUAAGACCCAUUGUGGUCAAAGACUCUGAGGGGUCCCUCACAUUUCUGAGUGACUCGGAACGGGAACCCAUCCCUCUCUGUGGUUCGGUGAUGGGAGAGGGUGGUGGUGAUGAUGGGAAUGGCAGGGAGGUUGACCGCUGCACCAGAAUGCUGGAGCUAGUAAAGGAAGUAUCAAGUUAUCUGGAUGUGACAGCGCUCUGCCAUAAGAUCUUCCUACACAUCAAUGAGCUGAUCACUGCAGACCGAUACUCACUCUUUCUGGUGGGUGAAGACAGCUCCAACAGGAAGUUUUUGGUCAGCCGGCUGUUUGAUGUUGCUGAAGGAUCCACAUUGGAAGAAUCAUCCACCAGCUGCAUCCGACUAGAAUGGAACAAGGGGAUAGUGGGGCAUGUAGCUUCCACAGGACAGCUGCUCAAUAUCAAGAAUGCAUAUGAGGAUCCAAGAUUCAACGCAGAAGUUGACCUGAUCACAGGCUACAAAACCCAAAGUAUCCUUUGUCUACCCAUCAAGAACCACAGAGGAGAGGUGAGGUGGCAUAUCUUUACACUCUUCAAUGCUUUCUGUGACUGA